AUGGCUGAGCCCAGGGAGGCGGGCGCCGAGGCUCCUCCGGGGCCCAGCGGGCUGAGCGUCCUCCCCGGAGAAGCGGCCGAGGAGCCGGUGCCACAGGGAUCUGUGUUACUUCUGGGAGGCAAUGAAGUGAAGAGUAGAGCAGUGGUGAAGUACUCAUCUGCCCCUCCUCGAGCCGCCUUUGCCCGUCUAGAGGAAAAAACUGACCUGAAGCUUCCACCUGCCAACUGGCUACGGGAAAGUGCCAAACUUGGCCCAGCAGGAACCACCAUUCUCGGGAACAGCAAGAGGAGCAAGCCCUUUUCAAGCUUUGGUAUGGCAUAUGACUUCAUCGACUCGGUUGGAAACGAUGUGGACGUUGUAUCUGAUUCAGAAAACAUAAAAAAGCUCCUUAAGAUUCCCUAUAGUAAGUCCCACGUCAGCAUGGCAGUCCAUCGCAUUGGAAGGACUCUUCUUCUGGAUGAACUCGAUAUUCAGGAACUCUUCAUGAGAUCAUCCCAGACAGGAGACUGGACAUGGCUCAAGGAGUUCUACCAACGGCUCAUUGACCAGAAGUGGCAGAGAAAGAAGAAAAGCAAAGAACAUUGGUACCAGAAGGCGAUUCUCUCCAAGUUCUUGUAUUACAGCAUUAAUGGUGAUGGCGCCGCUCAGCCUGUCCCCUCUGCGGCAGAGCCGAGAACCCCUCCUGGCCCGGCUCAGACGCAUGAUGACACAGAAGGGGCUUCCUGGCCUGCCCCUUUUGAGAUGCCAUCUUCUGUUUCUGAUGACCCAAGUGCAUCUAAUCAGGGAAGUGAGCCUCUUGAACCCUCAUAUAUAGUGGGGCAUGUGGCCUCAGCCCCAAAAGAACAAAACCUGACUACUUUAUUCAAUGACGGUGAGAACAGUCAGGGUCUUAAGAAUGACUUUGUCCGGAAUAUAUUGUGGACCUUUGAAGAUAUACAUAUGUUGGUAGGCUCAAACAUGCCCAUAUUUGGGGGAGGAAGGUAUCCUGCUGUUAGUUUACGUCUCAGGGAUAACAAUAAACCCAUCAAUGUGCUGACUGGAAUUGAUUAUUGGCUGGACAACCUGAUCUGCAAUGUGCCAGAGCUGGUGAUGUGUUUUCACGUAAAUGGAAUUGUACAGAAAUACGAAAUGAUCAAGACAGAGGAGAUUCCCAAUUUGGAGAAUUCAAAUUUUUCUACUAAAGUGAUAAAAGAUAUCGCGCAGAAUAUUUUGUCGUUUCUGAAGUCCAACUGCACCAAAGAAGGGCACACCUAUUGGUUGUUUAAAGCCAGCGGCAGUGACAUUGUGAAGCUCUAUGACCUCACCACCCUUUGUGAAGAGACCGAGGACAAGUACCAGAACCCCUUCACAGUGCCUGUGGCCAUUCUCUUAUACAAGGUCGCUUGCAACAUGAUGAUGAAGAAAAAUCAAAACAAGAAACACUAUGGAACAAUCAGAACGUUACUUCUUAAUUGUCUGAAAUUACUGGACAAGGGAAGACAUCCUCAAAUUAUUGCUUCGGCCAAUUACAUGCUCUCAGAGCUCUUUCAGCUGGAUGAGCCUAAAAAGGAAGAAAGUUCAGAGUCUCCCUUAAACGAGAACUCUGAUGAAAGUUAUAGCGAGGAAGAGGAAGAAAUGCCGGACAGCGAUGAGAACGGGUCCUACAGCGCAAGCUCUGAUCCCCCUGAUGACAAGAAAGCCGUGGCUGUGAUUAAGUCUGUGGGAGAAUUGUCGGUGCCAGAGAAAUACAAGUCCAUUCAUCAGAUCAGACCCAGCUGUGCAUUCCCUGUUUGCCACGACACUGAAGAGCGCUGUAGACUCGUCCUCAGCUAUGUUUUAGAGGGUCUAAAAUCUGUGGACAGCAGCAUCAAAAAGGAAAGUGACCUCCCUGCUGCGGACCCCAACACCCCAAUCCCAUUAAAAUAUGAAGAUGAGUCUGCCAGCAGUGGUCCUGAGGGUCUGGAAAAGCAACUGGCUUUGUUUUUGGACAAAAUGGGCUCCCUCCAGGAAGGCCACUGUUCCAGUCAGUCCGGAAUGACCCCUGGUUCUUGGCAACAUAAAAUGAAAUUGCAGCUGAUUCUCAAGUCAUCCAAGGCUUACUACGUCUUAUCUGACGCCGCAAUGAGCCUCCGCAAGUACGGACGAGCCCUACGUUACAUUAAACUGGCCCUACAGAGCCAUGAUACUUAUUGCUGCCUCUGCACCAAUAUGCUUUCUGAAGUCCUCCUGUUUCUUUCUCAGUAUUUGACUCUUUGUGGUGAUAUCCAGUUAAUGCUUGCCCAGAAUGCAAAUAACAGAGCUGCCUACCUGGAGGAGUUUAAUUACCAGACUAAAGAGGACCAGGAGAUCCUGCAUAGCCUGCAUAGGGAGUCCAGCUGUCAAGGCUUUGCUUGGGCAACCGACCUGUCAACAGACUUAGAAUGCCAACUUUCUGUUAGCUGCAAAUGCUACGAGGCCGCUAAUGAGAUUUUGCUCUUUAGUGAUUUAAAAAGCCAAAACCCAGAGCAUUAUGUCCAAGUGCUGAAGAGGAUGGGUAACAUUCGCAAUGAAAUGGGCGUCUUCUACAUGAACCAGGCUGCUGCCAUCCAGACAGAGAGAGCAGUGAGCAGAAGUGUGUCGGCAGCAGAGCAGCAGCUUUGGAAGAAAAGCUUCUCUUGUUUUGAAAAAGGGAUUCACAACUUUGAGUCGAUUGAUGAUGCCACCAACGCUGCUCUUUUACUCUGCAACACGGGCAGGCUUAUGCGAAUUUGUGCUCAGGCCCAUGGUGCGGCAGUGGCGGCAGCCGGCGGGGAGGAUGCGAGGCGAGAGUUUUCCCCCGAAGAGGCAUUGUACUAUAAUAAGGCCAUCGAUUAUUACCUGAAGGCCCUCCGGUCGCUCGGCACAAGAGACGUGCACCCCGCCGUGUGGGACUCUGUCAAUUGGGAGCUGUCCACCACCUACUUCACCAUGGCUACCCUGCAGCAGGACUACGCCCCGCUAUCCAGAAAAGCUCAGGAGCAGGUUGAGAAGGAAGUGAGUGAGGCAAUGAUGAAGUCUCUCAAAUACUGCGAUGUCGAUACAGCAUCAGCCCGACAGCCGCUCUGCCAGUACCGGGCCGCGACGAUCCACCACCGGCUGGCAUCCAUGUACCACAGCUGCCUGAGGAACCAGGUUGGGGACGAGCCCCUCAGGAAGCAGCACCGGGUCUUAGCCGAUCUCCACUAUGGCAAGGCCGUGAAACUCUUCCAGUUGCUCAAGGAUGCUCCGUGUGAGCUGCUCAGGGUGCAGCUCGAGAGGGUGGCCUUUGCUGAGUUCCAGAUGGCAAGCCAGAACAGCAGUGCUGGGAAAUUAAAGACCUUGUCUGGGGCCCUUGAUAUCAUGAUGAAAACGCAGCGAGCAUUCCAGCUCAUCCGGAAGGAGCUCACUGAGGAGAGCGAGCAGAAUAAGAGUGACGAGAGCGGCUCAGCCACCGACCCCUCGGCCGCAAGUCUGCACAGGGAAGAGGUGGUGAAGCUGCUCAGCAUCUUCGAGUCUCGGCUGGCCUUCCUCCUCCUGCAGUCCAUCAAGCUGCUGUCUGCGGCCAAGAAGAAAAUGAGCCACAGCGAGGACGAGGAGGGGCUGCUCCAGACCAACAAGCAGAUGUACUCGCACCUGCUCAGGGCCACGGCCAGCCCGCACGCCACGCUCCUGGAGAGGAUCGACGUGAUCCUGGGCCUCAUGGCUCAGCUCGCCCCCGGCCAGGAGGCCAGCGAAGCCGCCCCGCCGCCCCCCUGAC